AUGGCCCCACAUACCGCAGAAGCUGAUGAUUUGGAUGAUGGUUUGGAAUACAAAGUUGAAAUAUCAGAGGAUGAAGGGGCUUUAAUAGAUUCAACGAACGAAGAAAAUGAGAAAGAUCAAGAAGAUGCAACAACCAUAACUCCAGAGAAUCCUAAAAAGCGUAAAUCAGAAAGUUCUUUAAAUUUCAAAGAAAAGAAGAAGAUGAAAAUGGAAUUAGAUACUGAACAAAAGAAAAACAUAUCAACAGAAUCAAACACAGAAGUAAUAACAGAUUUUAUAAAUUCCAAAAUAAAUAGAAAAAACUCAAAUUUAUCUGCAUUAGAAUUAAGUGAAUUAUAUUUUACAAAAGAUGCUAUAAGAUCAACUUCAGAAUAUUCAAAACCAAGAACAUUGGACAAUUUAAGUGACUACAUAACCCAAAGAUUCAAGAAUAUGCUACCUGGAAAAGAAAGCAAAAAGAAUAAAAAGACUAAGAAGAAAGGAUCAAAAGGAAAAGAAGAAGAAUCAGAAUCUGCUCCUGCUGAGGAUAGAAAAUUUAUAGCAAUUGUUUCAAUGUCAGCAAUAAGAGCUUGUGAUAUACAUAGAGCAACCAAAGACCUAAAUGGAAGUUCAAUAAAACUAAUAAAUAAAAAUAAAUUAGAUGUUGAUUUAAAAAUUUUAAAAACUACAAGAUCAAGAAUAUUAUGUUGUACACCAGGUAGACUUCAAAAGAUUUUAAUUAAUGAUGAUCCAGUAUUGACAAAAGAUGAAAUUAAAAUCAUAAUCGUAGAUAACUCAUAUUUGGAUCAAAAAAAACAAAAUAUUUGGGAUAUUAAAGAAACUGUUGAAGUGCUAAAAAGUUUAACGAAAGAUGGAUCAAAAAUAUAUUUAUAUUAG